ACCCCAUCUUCCUUUAUGGCAGCGAUGGAAAUGACAACUGCUGAACGCCUAGAAAAAACAGAUGAAGUUCAUAUACCUCCAGUUAUAGAGUUGCUUGAUAUGAGCGAGAAUACUUACCAAAAGGUAACUAAUGUGGAUAUCGACGAACCAUUAUUUCAACCAUUUCCAUCGGAGGUCUACUUCCAAAAGUAUCAAGCCUUUGAAACUUAUCGUGUUCCAUUUAUAUUACGCAACAGAGAUAAAGUUGCACGAUUGGUAAAAGUUCUUCCAAUUGAUUCACCAUACUUUAAAAUAAUAAGUCCCAAAAACGUCGGUCAUAAGACUGCUCCUGGGAUGGAAGCAAAAUUUGUGGUAGAAUUUACGCCGCAUGAAGCUAAGGAUUAUGCUUAUGAUAUUAUUUGCGUCACGGAAAGAGAACGUUUUAUUGUACCAAUUGUGUGCAUUGGUGAUCGAGCAAUCUUCGACUUUCCAGAUGAAGUAAACUUAUCGUGCUGCCCAGUAAAGCAUAACCUUACGAAAACAUUACUUGUAAGAAAUGUAGGAAACUGUACUGGAAAAUAUACGACAAAUUGCAAUAAGCCCUUUUCGGUUACUCCUGAUCAUGGUGAAAUUGGUGUUAAUGGAAGUCUACAAAUUCAUAUCAACUUUGAACCCCUAAGAGUUGGAGAUUAUUCUGAUGAUAUCAUAUUGCAUUAUGAUUCCGGUAAUAACAUCUACAUUCAUGUCUACGGUGCUGCGACUGAUGCAAAUGUUCGCUUAGAAAAGUCGUCACUAAAGAUGGAAACUACAUACAUCUCUAUGUCAUCACAGAGGUCCAUUUCUAUCGUUAAUAGAAGUGAUGUUGUUGUCCAUUAUCAAUGGAAGGCAUUUGCAACUACUGAAGAGGAAGAAAGUCAAAAAUUGCGAUUUUUAACUGAUUUAUCUGUCGAUGAAGAAAAACAACAAAAUGAUUUCUUGGAAGAAUGCAUCAGUGAUCCGAUUCUGAAAGACAGUAUGUCCAUUCUGACCAGAACAUUCAAAAAUAAACGCACGGCUAUAGAAUCGAAUAAAUUUCUAUAUUCCGGUGAGCAAUUUUCUAUCGAUCCGGUAGAGGGAGAUAUUUGGCCUAAUUCAACAGCUGAAAUGAUGGUACACUUUAAACCAGUUGAAGCCAAACCUUAUACAGAAACAAUUUUUUGCGAUGUUGUUGGUCGAGAAAGUAGAUUGCCAUUGAAAAUAUCCGGACUUGGAAUGGGGCCGAAUUUACAAUUUUCUUACCAAUCUUUAGAUAUUGGCGAUGUAUUUGUUAAAUCUAAACACAGCUAUGAAGUUAUAUUACAAAAUAAGGGUUAUAUUGAUGCUAACUUUUCUAUUGUACCAGCAACGACAGAGUUUGGUAAAAUGUUCAGUUUCAUGCCAUCACGUGGUAUUGUAAGAGAAGCAGGAUUUCAAGCAGUUCAAAUUAAAUUUUCGUCCAAUGUUAUUGGAACAUUUGAUGAAACAUUCAUGUGGAAUAUAGAGGGCUCGCAAGAUCCAUUGCCAUUAAAUUUCAAGUGCCAUGUUGUUGGACCAACAUUUACAUUUAAACCUAAUCGUUUACAAUAUAGCGAUGUUUCAUAUGGAUUUACUUACACGAGGCAAACAGUACUAGAAAAUACUUCAGAAAUUCCAAUGACAUUUCGUUUACGCGUCGAUAGUGAUGAGGAUGAUUUCGUUAUUACUCCAAGUGAAUACGUGUUGCAACCUAUGGAGCAGGUUAAUAUCCAAAUUGACUUAACACCAACUAGUAUUAAAAAUUACGAUAUCAAGCUAUGCAUUGAUGUUAAUGAUGUUGGCCUAAAUGUAUUUAAUAUACCCAUUACUGCUGAAUGUAUUGUACCAAAUAUAAUGGUAGUAUCACCAGUAAUCGAUUUUGGUCGAUGCUUCCUCAAUCACACAUAUCAGCAGUCGGUGCAGUUAUAUAAUAGCUCCGAUUUACCUGCAACUUAUCAGUUAGUUGAUCAAGAUGUAGAUCAGUCAAGUGCUUGCCAGUAUGGUAGUCCAAAUCCGAAAGGAAUUAUUGAGGCACAAUCAACUCUUGAGAUGCCGUUGCAAUUGAGUGUGUCAGAACUAGAUGAAAUCCGAGUUACUGUAACGAUUCUUAUUAAAGGAGCUGAAAGCCAUCCGUUAACAGUUCAGAUCCUCUCACUUGGUGAAGGUCCAGUACUACAUGUGACACCGAAGGAAUUGGAUUAUGGCGAAACAAGAGUAUUAUCGAAUGCUAAUAGAAAGAUUAAAGUAACUAAUGAAUCGCUUAUACCAGCUCAAUUUAAGGCUACUAUGUUACGACCACAUUCAGUAUUCUCAAUUCAACCGACAACAGGAUUGAUACAACCGGAAGAGACUCUGUAUCUCGAUUUAUUUGCUAAUUUAAAUGACUCCAUACGAUUUGCCGACAAGUUAGCCUUUGAGAUUGAAAAUAGCCAAACUCAAACUGUUGAAAUUAAAGCUCGUGGUUUCGGUACGACAGUACAAUGUCAGCCUUCUAUGGUGCCUUCUGUCAAUCUUGGUCCACAUUUUAGCCGUUCACCCGUUAGCAAAACGUUCAAAAUUUGUAAUCGUGGUCGUCGUUUACAACAAAUAUUUUGGACUACUGAAGGUUUUCAGCCGAUACGCACUAGGAAACCUCCUAAAUAUAACACAGAAGAUAUGAAGUUUAAAUUGAUGCCACCACCUAAAGAGCCACCGCGACCAAUAUUCAAUAUUAAACCAGAUAAAUUAGUGCUGCAUCCUGGACAAUCGACUGAAAUUAUACUUUCCGGUUACUCAGAUAACCCACAGCCAGUGAAGGAAACACUAAUAUGCCACGCUAUUAUUGGUCAAACAACCGGAAAAGAGAAAAUUAUGCAGGUUGAUGUUAUUGCUGAUUUUAUUGCUCCUGUAUUGGAGUUUUCACAGCGCACAAUAUCGUUUUCAUUAAUUAAGACACCUAGUACGAUAUUAAAACCCAUGUAUGAGCAAAUAUCUAUGAAAAAUAUAUCAUCUUUGCCUGUGACUGCUCAGUUAUCAGUGGAUUAUCCUUUCCAUAUGCUAUUGGACAGCAAAAAAGAAGUAUCUAUAGUUACUGUUGUUCUUGAACCUAAUGAAGAGAAAGAUUUAACCAUUAAAUUCGAUCCAGCUUAUAGGCAAGAUUCAUUUACACGUCGACUUGAUAGUCGUAUUGAAAUAUCGUAUCAGGAGCAUCCACAGCAAGAUUAUGUUAACUUGAAAUCUCAAGUUUAUUUCCCCAAUUUAGAAUUUGAAUCGACAAAUAUCGAUUUUGGAUGCAUCUUGAAUGAUACAGAAGUGGUGCGUUAUAUUACAAUCACCAAUGAUAGCCCAACACAGGUGAAAUAUCGUUGGUCAUUUAUACAACAUUCUACCGAUGAAAUGAAUGGUAAAAUAUCGACCAAUAUGCUGGAAAAUGAGCAUUUAGAUAUUAUGGAUGAGGAUAAAGAUAUCGAUGAUAGUGAAAUUGAAUUAGAUAAAAUGAAUAAGAUCAAAUUGAAAUACGAUAGUAUCGAUGAUAGUCAAAUGAGGAUACAAGAAGUAUUUGAUAUACUUCCACUUUACAGUGUCUUGCAACCAGGUGAAAGCCAACGUAUCCAAUUAACUUUUUACGGUCAUACCUACGUGAAUAGUAAAGCAAUUGCCGUCUGCCAUGUUGAAGGUGGUCCUGACUAUCAUAUUACAUUAACUGGCAGUGCAUCCAUAGUAUCGUAUCAAUUUGAUAAAAAGAUUGUAGAUUAUGGUAAACAACUGUAUGAUCAAAUCGCUGUCGGUACAAUCUCACUACGAAAUACUGGCGAUGUAGCUUUUGAUUUUAAUACAUCGAAUGGCAGUGAUCAAAGUCGUCCAUUGCCAGGCAUACCAAUUGUUAUGCCAUCGGUAGGUAGAAUUGAAGCAAAAGAAGAACAAGUAUUAACCGUUCGCUUUAUACCGGGUAUACCAGACGAGUUUGAGAAACAUUUUGAAAUUCGUAUUGCCUAUUUUGAACCUGAAAUUAUUACAAUACGCGGUGAAGGUAUAUUUCCAAGGAUGGCUUUUGAUUUGCCACGUUCAAGUGACGAUAGUUUUGAUGCACUUCUAAAAAGAGCACGAGAGAAACUCUCCAAUGAAAAGAAAAUUCUUCAAGAUGUAUCUCUCAAUGGUGCAGUUACUGCUAAAACAAAUCAUGAUCCGGAGUUUUCAACGAAUGCUAAAGGAUUAUCGGAAUUUGAAAUCCAACGAGAAGCUGAACGUUUAUUAGUCACCGAAUAUGCUGAAGCCAACAAUAUGAAACGAUUCGAUGCAAGCUAUGAGCAACAAUCACAACAGUUACAACCACAGACACAACUAACUCAAUGCCAGUUACCAAAUUAUGUCCUUGAUUUUGGUUAUGUUGUUUAUGGUGCCGUCAAAACUCAUAUCGUUCGAAUUGCCAACGUUGGCCACAGUCCAGUAUCUUUCAGUAUUAAUAAAGAUCAUUUACCAAGUACUGGCUUUAAAGUUGAACUUGAUCGAGUUAAAUCGUUACCUGGUGCACCAGCGUAUGAACCUUUGGAUUUUGCUGUUUCAUUCAAGCCACAAAGCGCUGAAUUACCUGAAGGUGAAAUAAAUGUUUUCGUUCCAUUUCAAGUUGCCCAUGGCCCAAUGACUGGAUUACAAUUAAAGGCAUUUGUCACAAUACCUAAUAUUGCUAUUUCAACCGAGACAUUAGAUUUUGGUACUGUCCAAUGCGGUGAAUGUCGUAUAAUUACCAUUCAGUUAUAUAAUCCAAAGCAAGUACGCUGUGAAUGGAAUUCAAUGAUACCUGAAAAGAAGAAAAAGAAAAACAUCGAUAAAUUUAAACCAUCCUAUCUACGCCAUAAGGUGAAAGUGGACAAACCUAAAGCACCCUAUUUCGAGUUGAUGCCAAGUAAAGGCAAUCUAUCACCAGGGCAAAGGUUUAAUGUUCAAGUUAAAUUUCUACCCACUGAAGAAGCACCCUAUAUGCAACGUAUACCAAUUUAUGUCCAACAAUGUCAUUCGAAGCAUGAAAUCACUUGUUAUGGCCAAGGUAUUGAACCAACUAUUCAAUUUAAUCCAACCAUGUUGGAAUUUGGUCCAGUAUUACCCCAUUCUCUUGGUGCUGAACUGGAAGUGAAAGUUAGUAAUUUAGGCCAUUUCCCUGUUGAAAUGUAUUCACUUGAAUUUGAUCCGCAUUAUUUACAAGAUGAGAAAAUGUUACGUUCUAUGAAAGGUUAUGAUGAGUAUAACACAUUAUUAUUGCCACCACGACAACCUGGUGAUAAAUUACCAGAUGAAUUAAUUGAUGCCUAUCAUGAUGCUCAAAAGAAGAAAGAGGAAGAAAAAGCUCGUCAAUCAAGUAAAUUAGGUUCAGCGUCACACUUAAUGAAAGAACAUGAUGAUGAUGGUAGUGGUGUUCUCGAUGGUCUAGGGCCUGCUGAAUCAUCAGAACAGCUCAAUACUUCAUCGAUCAUUUCAAAUCUUGAUGAACGCAGUGAACAUGGCGAGAAGCCAUAUUUUGUAAGUGUACCUGGGGUUGAGUCGGCUUUAGAUGAGAAGCAUAAUCAUCCCUCCAAUGGCCAUAAUCCAGCUAAUGGUAUUAUUGCUGGCGAUGGUGGAGUCGGUGAACUUGAAGUAACACCUGUUUAUGCAGCUAUUGCAAGACAUUUAGGUAUUGAUUUAUCGCCUGAAGGAACAGCAGCUCGUAAUCGUCGUGGAAUUGCUCUUAUCGUUAAUGGUGCUCCUAAUUCGGGUAAAACACAAACUGCUAUUACUAUUGCCAAAGCUUAUGGUGCUGCACUCUUAACCAUUGAUAGUAUCAUCAUUGAGGCAAUUAGCAGUGGUGGUUCGCAAGCUGGCCUACAAGCACGACAAUUAUGCGCUCAAGCAGCUAAAAAUGCUGGUGAUGAUGUUGCCAAUGCUAAUACCAAUGCUGCUAAUACUGGCGGUUUAAGUAUUGAAAAUGUCACUGCAUUAGGUUCCAACACGCAAUCUGCAGCACCAACAUUAAUUGCAUCGAGUGCAAUUGGUGGCGGUGGCACUGGUGGUGUAUCGAAAUUAUCCGAUCGUAAGCAUUCAGUUAUUAUAUCUCAGAAGGGCUAUCAUGGCCAUAGUACAAUGAGUCAAGCUGGACAAACAACAACGAUGACAACGACUGUUUCCAAUUCUCCACCACCACUCUUUAUUGGUCGUAAAUUAAGUGUUAGUGCUAGUGUCGCCGGUGAAGAUGGGCUUAUGACAUGCUUAUUACCUGAAGAAUUAAUUAUUGAAAUUAUUGCCGAACGAUUCCAGCUAAAUGAUUGCCAUCGUGGUCUUAUCAUCGAUGGUCUUGAAUCGAUGUUUAUGAAUAAUAUGAAUACUGCAGCUAAAUGUCUCUUGAAAGCAAUCAAUAAUCGUAAAUAUAUCUAUUUUAUAACAUUAACCGUUGAUCCAGUUAAAAAGUUACAAUCAUUUGAAGAACGCCAAAAACAAGAUUUUGAUAAUAAAAAUAGUAGAAAUGGUCAAGCAAUUCAGGACGAUCAAUUCGAUAUUGAGAAUAUAUCAGAAAGUGAAUAUGAUGCUAUGACAAGUGAGCAAAAAGCAGAGAUUGAUAAGAAACAUUUAAUAGCCAAAAAGAUACGAUUACAGCGGCAAAAAGAAGAACGAUUAGAGCGUGAACGUCGUGAAAGGGAGCAACAAGCUCAAUUAGAAGAGAAACGUCUAGAAGAAGAUCGCCCUGGUAGAAAACGUAAACAGACACAAGGAAGUAAAAUGACCACCAAAGCACCAGCUGGUGCAGGUAGUAAAAAUCAACCCAGUGUUGAUAAUAAAUCGACUGCUAAGCAAGAUAAACAUACACCUGGUCAACAAGGACAAAUGCAACAAGGAAUGCAACAACAACAGCAAGGAACGCAACAAUCGGGCUCACAACCGGGACAAGGCCAACAACAAGGACAAAUGGAAGGUGAUAAAUCGGGCGAUGGCCAGCAUAAAUUAUCACAACGAUUUACUAUGUUUGAGCAGUCAUUAAGUGAGAUUAAUACAUUAUUAGAUUUUUGGGAUCGUAGUAGUGGUACCAGUUUAAAACCGCCAUCUCCAGAAGAACGUGAAACAGUUUUAUUGCCACCACCAACUGCAGGCACAACGCGUAAACGGCGUGAGACCCAUGCUCACGUUAAUCGAGAGCGUGAAAAAGAGAAAGAACGCGAAAAAGAGCGAGAACGUGAACGUGAAAUUUUAAAAGAAAAAGAAGCUAAAAUUCAAAUGGAAAGAUCAUCGAAUCAACAAGGUGGCGAUAAUGAUACAAAUGAUGGUAAAAUGGCUAUUGGUGUACCACAUAUUUUGUUUGAAGUAUCAACACAAAAUAAUCAUGAAAUCAUGACUUAUGUGACAAAUCGUUUACCAGGUGCUGAUGAAGUCCUCGAUGGUUUAGGUUUAGGCCCUAAUGGACCACCAAUACCCCCACCAGCAUCAUUUUCGGUUAUACCUUAUCCGGUUAAACGUAAAGCAUUAGAACCACCAGUUCAUUAUAGCUUUGUUAAUUUAGUCGAUCAAGAUACAGCAACAGGUGCAGUGAAUAAUAAUCAAGAUGAGAAAAUAUCUGAAGCUGAAAUUGACUCUGGUUCUGAAUUGCAAGCGAGUGGUACAGCUGCAACACUAUCCUUCAAUAAUCGCACAAUCGCUACCGAUAAUAACAAUAAAACUGAAAAAGGUACACCAACAACAAGUCGCGCCCAGCUAAGAUCAGAUAAAGACAAGCAAUCACGACGUACUGGUAAUAAAUCACGAAUACGUGGAUCAGCGCCAUCACCACCAUUAGCUAAAACUGAUGAUGAUGAACAAGUAGUGACAGCACCAUCGUUAUUACCACCCAAAACACCUAAUCAAUAUCGUUGGGUGAUUCCAGCAUCAUCAACUAUUACCAUUCGUAUAAGGUUUGUAUCCACGGAAUUAGGACAAUUUGAUGAAACAUUAAAUUUUGAAAUUGUUGGUACACGUCGACGCUAUCAAUUAUUUUGUCGUGGGAUAUGUGCAUUCCCAUCGAUUGCACAAGAACCACGCGUUGUAUUUCAUCAUCGUAAGAAAGUAAUAGACCUUGGUGAAAUUAUUCAUAAAAAAUAUAUCUUAAGUCGUGAUUGUUAUGAAUUUGGACCGUUACUAUGUAGUAAAAGUCGUGAACGUUACAAAGAAGCUAAAUAUCCUGAAAAUAUGGAACGUUUAACAAUACAAAAUACAUCACCACUUGAUGUCGAUGUUCAAUUUUGUUUUCAGCAUGAUAAUCAAGCUGUUACCUUUUUAAUUGAUCCAUCACGAUUAUAUUUGAAACCAUAUGAGAGUAAAGAAUUAACUAUUUGGGCUUAUCCAAAGUCGCCAGGACGUUUUGAAGACACAUUAGUGUGUUGUAUACGAGAAAAUCCUGAACCUGUUAUGUUUCGUAUUUCCUGUACUGGUGUUAAGCCAAUGAUUGAAAUUGACAAGAAAAAUUUACACUUUGAACGUGUCUUAUUGCAUCGUAAAAUCACUAAAACGUUAUACUUACGUAAUCCGACAUUAUUACCGGUAGCUUGGAAAGUCAGUGGUAUGGAAAAUUUAGGCGAAGAUUUUAGUUUAACCACAGAACAAGGUGUUAUUGAGCCUCAUACUGAAUUUGCGUUAAAUGCUCAUUUUAAAGCCGUUAAAGCAACCAAUUUGAAGAAAACUAUUCGAAUUGAAGUCUAUGAUGCGGAAGGUGUUAUGGGACUUAUCCAUGUAGAAAAUAUCUUGAUACAAGCUGAAGCGUAUGAUGUUGCGUUAGAUAUGAGCUUUCCCAAAGGUGCUGAUGGUGGCUUAGAUUUUGGUGUUGUGCGUGUCUUUGAAGAGACAAGAUUAACAUGCACCUUAAAAAAUAAAGGCAAAUAUGAAAUUGGUUACCAUUUAAUGCUUGAAGAUAAACUGCAACAACAUCAUGAUCAAGCAAUUUACGAUUACAUCUCUAUAUUACCUAACAAAGGAUCAUUGCAAUCUGGUGAUCGUCCACAGCAAGUACAAAUUGUAUUCAAAUCGCAAAAAGAGAUUGAAAUUAAAGAUUUACCACUUUUAAAAUGUCAAGUUAUUGAGCCAACAUUAAAUGAAGGUGGUGAAAUUAUUGCCAAUAUACCCAUUAAAGUGAGUGUUAAAUCUGUUUUUAGUCGCUAUCAAAUAUAUCCAGUUAGUGACGUUAAUUUUGGCUCUUUGUUGGUCAAUACACGUAAACAGUUAACCUUUCGAAUAGAAAAUUGCGGCGAUUUUGAAUUUCGAUAUAGUAUUAAUAAAUUGAUUCAAGAUAUCGUCAUUAAACAAACGCAACCGACUAAAAAUCACGGCGUAACAACAAAACGUAGUCGUUCACGAGAUGGUUCUGGCUCAGCUAAAGUGACUAACCUUAAGCAAAAACGACAUGAAUUAACUCGUCCUGAAGGUGGCCUUAGUCAACGGUUAAUAUUAGGCACUUAUAUUUUAUAUCCAGCAUAUGGAUUAAUUCAGCCUGGGGUAGCUGCGACUAUUACCGUUGAAUUUUUUAGUGAGAUACCUGGUCGUUUUGAAGAAGCAAUAUGUAUCGAUAUUACUGAUCGCAAUCCAAAAGACCGACCAAGUGGUAUUAAUUAUCGUUUAGUUGGUGAAGCAAGCGUGCCAAGUAUCAAUGUUAACGAUACUAAUUUAAUCUUUGAAGAACAUCGUCUCGUUAAAACAAUGAGUGCACUUAUGAUGGAACAAUUAGAUCAGAGUACAAAUUCUGGCGUAUACUGCACCGAAGAGAACAAGUUCUAUUUUUAUCAUGUUCAAGUGGGUCAAAAAGCCAAAGUUCGUUUUAAAAUCGCUAAUUUUAAUAAGAUUCCUUGUGAUGUUGCCUUUUCGGUCAAGCCUCUAUCAAGCCGAGCCUCAGCAAAAUGGCACGAUGUGUUCGAUGUUGAACCGAGUAAAGUUUCUAUCAUUAGUCAUAGCCAUAUUUAUGUAACUGUUACAUUUUGUCCAGCUACCAUGCAGUCUUAUACUGCGCAAUUUGAAGCUGCGAUUGAAGGUGCUCAAGGAUUAAUAACUAAAGCUAAAAAUUUAACUUUCGACAUGUAUGGUGAAGGUAAUUUACCUCGUGUAUCCAUCAUUCGACCCAAUGUCAGAAAUAAAGUUGGCCAUUUAUUGCUGCUAUUCAAGCGUUUACUGAUUGGUCGUAAUCAAACUCACCAAUUAAUCUUAAAAAAUGAUUGUCUACUACCAGCUAAAAUUAACCUAGAAUUAACAUCACUGGAUGAGAAUUCAUUAACACCAAAUAUCAAAGCUGUUGAAGAAGAAAUUUCAAAUAAGGCGGUUAUUGAUGGUAUCAAGAUGACCUCUAUCUUAAUGCCGGUUGGGUCAGAAGCUCGAUUUCAUGUAUCAUUUAGUCCAAAAUUAUGUCAGAAGUAUGAAGGAAGAAUUAAGUUAUCAGUCGAUAGUAAUGAAUUUGAAGAUGAAGUUAUUGAACUAAUUGGUGAAGGCUAUGAAGAUGUACUGACAAUUGAUGAAAUUCAUGGUCAAGUUAAUGAUAUUCCUGAGCCCACUGAUGAAUUAAGUGAAGGAGAUAUUGGUAUAAUAUUUUCAACGCAAAUUUUAGCAAGCACUGCAAAUUUUAUUGAUUUUGGUGAUUGCCCGGUGGCUGAAGCAAGACAGUUAUCUUUUACCAUGUCAAAUCAUUCUGAUCAAGUAGUUCGCUAUCAAUGGCCAAUUAAUCAAGAAUUGUAUUUUUCACCAACGAUUGGUCAUCUACAUCCUCAUAGCACAAAAGAUAUGACAUUAACUUUCUUAAGUCAUGAACCUAAACGCCUUCAAUUUAGUGAUAUUGUCUGCCAAUUUUAUACUAUCGCUUACACAGAUAGUUCAACACCGCUACCAGAAUGGGAUGAUCGUAUGCGAAUUGUGAAAUGGGUUGAUGCUGCCUCAGCUUCGACCGCUGCUGGCGGAGAUGAUGAAUCAGCUACGAAGCAAUCUAAUCAAUCUGCAGUUGGGCAAAGGCGAUCAGCAUCACAAACCACUCGCCCGUUAAAGAGGAAAGUUAUCGAAACAGAACCUGAGCCAUUACACACCGUUAUCGAUGAUACCUCUUCCGAAUUACACAUUCGCGUUAGCGCUACCGCUGAUUAUGCAACUUGCAAGUGUAAAAUUGAUGAUAUUAAAUUUCGUGAUACUUUCGUAUUACAAAGUCGAAUCUUCAAGUUUUUUAUCUAUAAUAAGGGAUCAGUUCAACUUGAUUACGACUGGUCGAUGAUUACUAACGAUAAUCAAUUAUCCGCUCUUUCUAAUGACUACGAUCAUCAAUAUCAUUAUCAUGGGGAUAAUGCACUAUUUCGCUUAUUGCCUGGUCAAUAUCGAGGACCAUUUAUUAUUGAACCUAAUAGCGGGUGUAUUGAAGUUGGUUCAAAACAACAAUUUUCAGUACGAUUUACUCCAAUGGCAGUGUAUGAAUAUCAGGCAAAAUUAAUAUGUAAAAUACCUAAUUUACUACCUGAUUUGCAACCACCUGUACUUACUGCUAGUGGACAUGGUAUUAUGCCUUAUUGUCAUUUUGAAUUAGAUGAUUCUGAUUACUUAACAGCCAAUCGGCGUAACCCAGAAUUGAAAGGACCUGGAGAUAGCCCACCUGGUACAACGCUUGAUGUUAAUACUAAAGUGGUAGAAUUUCAAUCAUGUGGCAUCAAUACAGUUAUUACAAAACGAUUUUAUAUCAUCAAUCCAACUGAUAAUGGCUACCACUUCGAAUGGACUAACGAUGAUGGCAGUAGUGAAUUUAGUAAGCGUGCUACUUUCUCAUGCUUAACACCAGAUGGUUAUUUAGCAAGUGGCAAACGUAUUGAAAUAGUAUUUGAAUAUUUGGCUGAAUCGAUCGAUAUGGUUGAGUCAUUUUGGAAUUUCACAAUUGUAGAGCAUAAAAUUAUGAUCCCAUUUGUAUUAGUUGGUCGUGCAUAUGAACCUGAUAUCUUACUGGAUAAAUCAUUUAUUAACCUCAAUUCAUUAUUAUUAGGUUAUACUGGCCAAGAAUUUGUCAAUCUUGUCAAUAAUGAAAGUCAACCAUUAGAUUUUGUCUUUGAUGAUUCAUCAUGUCAUACGGAAGGUUAUGCUGCAAUGUUGACAAUUUCACCAACAUCAGGUCGAAUUGAUGGUAAAUCACGCUUACCUAUUACAAUCUCUUAUACACCUAAAAUGGAAAAAGAAGUCAAUUUCAACGUCAUAUGUCGUAUUAAAAAGAAAUUAGCACCAUUAACCAUUAACAUUAAGGCUGAAGGCUUUACAAUGCAAGCUCAAUUACUAUGUGAAAAUGCUGAUGGUGACAGUAUAGAAUUUUUACCGCAAAAAUUAAAUCAAAUUAAUUUUGAUGAGGUUGAUGUCAACGAGAAAACUAUGAGACAAUUAAAUGUUGUUAAUAAUGGCAAAUUUAACUUCAAUUUUAAUUGGGAGUUUAUAAUCAAUAGAAAUCGUCUACAACAACAUAAUGCAGCAUUAGAAGCCCUGACAAUUAAUCCCGAUGCUGGCCAAUUACAACAUAACCAACGUAAAAAAUGUGUAUUAACAUUUUGCCCCCGAAAUAAAAUUAUUUUAAAUGAUAUCAUGCUACAACUAGCGAUAUCUAAUGGACCUACAUUUAAUAUACAAGUUAGCGGUCAAGGUAAUCAACCAUCACUACAUUUUUCAUUCACGAAACAUAAUUUUGGCCCGCAAUUUGUAUUUAAAAAUGUAGCCAACAUGGUUAAGAAAGUGUUAACUAUCACUAAUCAUGGCCAAAAAGAUAUUAGCCUGGAAUGUCUGUUUGAGUCGACGUCCUAUUUAGAAGUACGAUGCCCUUCCACUGUGCUUGCUUAUGGACAGACAUGUGAGGCUGAAAUUACAUUUUGCCCUCGUGAAAUUACCCAGUAUAAUCAAUUAGUAAUAUUUGAAAUGAACGGAUUAUCCAAGAUACCGAUUGAAAUUAUGGGUGAAGGUAUAGAGUUGAAAGUCGAUGUUGUCAAUUCAUUCCAUAAACUAAUUAAUUUUGGUGCCUUACGUGUCAAUCAAGAAAUGAUUAAAAAAGUCAAAUUAAUUAACAAAAGUAAAGCCAAUGUUUCAUUUAAUUUAUCAUUAUCCACACAGUCAUUGGCGUUACAAAAUACCAAUAUUUUUAAUAUCCAACCAGCUAAUAACAUCACAUUAAAACAAAAAGGUGGUAUUGGUGAAAUUGAAUUGUUAUUUCACCCAAUAGCACGUAUAACACGCUUUACGGAACAAAUUAUGUUGGAUUGCCAAGGAAUUAGUCAGCCAUUAUUUGCAAUAACAGGUUGUUGUCAAGGUAUUGAAGUCGGCUUAGAUUGCGACACAAUAUCGUUUGGUGCCGUAUCACAAAAUAGUUUUAGUAUCCGACGUAUGACAUUAUAUAAUACAGGUGAUAUUGGUGCUGGUUUCUGUUGGAAUAGUCAACAAUUUCAACCUGAUUUCUCCAUAACACCAGUAGAAGGUUAUGUCUCACCUGGUAUGGAAGUUGUUUUUGAAGUAACAUUUCAUCCAAAAGAAUUAAAUCGUGAUAUUCGUUAUGAGAAGUUAAUGUGUUCGAUUGAAGGUGGUGAACCAUUACAAUUGUCAUUAACUGGUAUGUGUGUCCAUCAAACACCCCAUAAAGAAGUUGUCCAAUUUAGUACACAUGUUCGAUCGAAAGAAGUUAAAUCAUUAAUGAUUACCAAUAAAACUAGUCAAUCAUGGUAUUUACGACCAGCGAUUGACGGCGAAUAUUUUAAUGGUCCUGAUCGUAUUGUUGUUGAGCCAGGUCAAACUAAAGCAUAUGAAUUAACCUAUCGUCCUUUAACUAUGACACUUGAAGGCCGUAAACAUGUUGGCUCAGUAUUUUUUCCAUUACCUGAUGGAUCUGGUUUAGUUUUUAAUGUUACCGGCACUGCUGAAGCACCACGACCAAUCGGUAAUAUUGGACAUGAAAUGCCAUGUAAAACUCAUUAUACACAAUUAUUAAGUGUAUCCAAUUGGCUGAAUAAACCACAACGUUUUAAAGUUAUUAUUGAAAUGCUUAAACCAGAAAAAUCCGAUUUAUCAACAACAAUGAAAGGUCUAGAUUAUAUUGAUGUUCCAAGUUUAAGUAAACGAGAUUAUAAGCUGAAUUUUUAUGCUCAUAAAGAAGGAACAUUUACGGCUAAAGUUGUCUUUAAAAACGAGCAAACACUAGAAUAUCAAUUCUAUUUUGUAUCCUUUAAAGCAACACCACCAGCUCUUAUUUCAACAUUAAAAUUAACAACACCGGUUCGUCGAAGUGUAUCACAGUCAAUUACAUUAAAAAAUCCAUUAGCCAUACCGGUGACAUUUCAAACGGCAGCUACUGUCAACGAUAUUAGUUUACCACCACAAUUUACGGUUCCUGCUCAUUCUGAUGGAUCGUGUACUUUUGAGUUCCUACCUCUAAAGGCUGGUGACAGCACUGGGCGUUUAACAUUUAAUAGCUCCGAAUUAGGUAUUUAUCAAUAUGAUUUAUAUCUAACCGCUACACCUGCCGGCCUAGAGAAACCCGUCUAUUUCAAGACUUGGUUGGGUAGUAAUCAAAUUCAAAUUUGUCGACUCAUUAACUUUACAAGGUCUAAAGCAGAAUAUAUAUGCAAGGUUGAUAACUCUGACUUUCAUGUUGAAAGAACAGUUACAGCAGCAUCAGCAUCCAAUGCCGGAACUGAAGUUUCAAUCGAAGUAACAUAUGAACCAACGAAAGUAGGCGAAGUUAAAGCUAUGUUAAACGUUUCUUCAGCCCAAGGAGGCGAAUAUGCUUUUCCACUGCAUGGACAAUGUUUACCAUCGAAACCCCUUGGACCCUUUAAUGUUAAAGCUGGUACAACAACUAAUAUACCGUUUAAAAAUAUCUUUGGCCAUACAACAUAUUCUAUGUCAAUUGAUAAUCCUGCAUUCACUGUUAAAUCUUCUGAGAAUAUUAGAAGUAAAAAAACGCACAACAUAAUCGUUGGCUUUGAUUCUGCUAAUAUUGGGUCAUCAAAAACUCAAGUAGGAAAAUUAAUUAUAUGUUGUCCUCAUCCUAGCGGUAGUGGGACUGUGUCAUGGACAUUUUACCUUAAAGGCAUUGUGCCAUAG